CUUUUAGAGUUGACUGCCACGUAAACAAAAGCUAACGGAGUUAGACAGAGAGUGAUCAAACGUGAACUGUUUCAGUAAACUGAAGUACCACCAAUGAAUUUCAAUAUUUCGAGUGACCAAACUUGAACGUUUUUUAUAAUCUCAGUGACCAACCAUGCAUUUAACCCAACAGUUAUAUGUAUCGAAUACAGGCCAACCACCAAAAACUUUUUUUUUUUUUUGUUAUGGUUCAGUACUUUGUUUUGUUUUGUUUCUUGUACGUACAAGGAAAAUACAAAUCACCAAUUGUUCCUCUACAGAAGUAUCUAAUUCUUCGAAUCCCAUAAAUAUUUGAUUUAUGUGAUGAUACAUUACAUACAUGGCUUCCGAUUAAAAGCCCGGAUCUUGGAGGAGCAAUUAAUUAAAUGAACUCACUCACUCACUCCUGAUUGAUUAGAUUUAAUUCCCAGGAUCUACAAGACGAGAGUAGAAAAUUGAUUGCUGUUUGUUUGAUUCUAGGCCGUGUCUCCUGUCGCCUCGUUAUUAAUUUUACUCUUUUCUCUUUAAUUAAUGAGUCGUAGAACUGCAGAAGUCAGCAUAAACUGGGAAAAUAAAAAACCAUAAAUAGAUCAGAGGGAAAACGAAAAUGGCGGCACCACCUCCACCAGCCAACGAUUCGGAGUAGGGAGCUCCUAUUCCUCCGCCUUCUUCCCUCCUAAUCCCAGCAGAGUUCUUCUAUCCAUCAAAUUCACAAACAGAAGAAUACACCAAGAAUCAAGCAGCAGACGCCCAAUUUCUUUUACGAGGAAGAAGCAAUCGGCAGCCUAUUUGGGUUCUCUUCACACUCUGUACAUUGCUCUGCAUCGCUUCAUUUAAUGCUCUCUCUGUUCAUCAGAGCUGCAUAAUUCGUGCUUUUUCCCCCCGUUUUUGGGUUCUACAUAGAAACCGAUUCUCUCAUCUGGGUUUCCGUUGGAUUCUCGAGUCUCUUCGUCGAAAUGCCAUUGAAUCGCGUCUGACAGAAUUUUCAACUCGCCGGACAGAAGAACCGGCCGUCGCCUUUGUAGAGGUUUUUCUUUUCUGGGAGAUUGUAAAACUCCGGGUGCUUUUUGUUCCUCUCCGAUGGGGGAAUACAGACACGGCGGCGGCACGUCAAUGGGUAUCGCGGCAAGAAAGCUCUUCUUCGGCGUAUUCCCGUGUAUCUCCGCCGUGUUCCUGCUCUCCUGGUUCGUCGUCAUCCGGUCCUCCACCGCCCGCCCAAGCUUCCUCGACCACGCAUUUUUACCCACGGUCACCACUCUUUCCGUCGUCAAAAGCGACAUCCCCCUCCAACAACAGCUCUCCACUCCCAGCUCCUUCUCCACCAGAGCACGCGCAAUCCUCGUCGACGACGACACAAAACCAGAAAAAAUCAACAACAUCGUCUCCACCACCACCAAUCUAGACGCCGGACCCAAGCCCGUGAACGAAGAUAAGCCCAUAAUUAGACCCGAAAUCAGAGCUACUAGCACCAAUGGUGAUGUGAAAUGCAAUGCUGAAAGCAGCCUGAAGCCACCACAACAGCAGCAAUUGAAGGUUUUCAUGUACGACAUGCCGCCAGAAUUCCACUUCGAGCUCUUGGGUUGGAAGCCGGAGAAACCGGGUCGAGUCUGGCCCGAUAUAAAAACCCACAUACCCGGCUACCCAGGCGGGCUCAAUCUGCAACACAGCAUAGAGUACUGGCUAACACUCGACCUCCUAGCCUCUGAAUUCCCCGAGAUCCCUCGAGCUGGGAGCGCGAUCCGAGUUCGCAACUCGAGCGAGGCGGACGUCUUAUUCGUGCCAUUCUUCUCUUCACUGAGCUACAACAGGUACUCCAAGGUAAACCCGCACCAGAAGAGGAGCAGGAACAACGUGCUGCAGGACAAAGUGGUGAAGUACGUGACGUCGCAGCCGGAGUGGAAGAGGUCCGGCGGGAGGGACCAUCUGGUGAUGGCUCACCACCCCAAUAGUAUGCUGAGUGCGAGGAUGAAGCUGUGGCCGGCGAUGUUCGUGUUGUCGGAUUUCGGCAGGUAUCCGCCCAAUGUGGCGAAUGUGGAGAAGGAUGUGAUUGCGCCUUACAAGCAUGUUAUUAAGAGCUAUGUGAAUGAUAGUUCGGAGUUUGACACCAGACCCACCUUGCUCUAUUUCCAGGGUGCCAUUUACAGGAAAGAUGGUGGACUGGCGAGGCAAGAGCUAUUCUACCUGCUGAAGGACGAGAAAGACGUGCAUUUCCAGUUCGGUAGCGUAAAGAAAGGCGGCAUCCACAAGGCAUCCCGAGGCAUGCACGCGUCCAAAUUCUGCCUCAACAUAGCCGGCGACACGCCCUCGUCGAACCGGCUCUUCGACGCAAUCGCCAGUCACUGCGUCCCGGUGAUCAUCAGCGACGAGAUCGAGCUCCCCUACGAGGACGUCCUGGACUACUCCGAAUUCUGUGUGUUUGUCAAGACGUCCGACGCAGUCAAGGAGAAGUUCUUGAUCAACUUCAUCCGGAGCAUCAAGAAAGAGGAAUGGACUAGGAUGUGGACGAGGUUGAAGGAAGUCGAGCGGUUCUUUCAGUUCCAGUACCCUUCGGUGGAAGGAGAUGCUGUACAAAUGAUAUGGCAGGCGGUAGGGAGAAAGGUUCCGGGCAUAAGGAUGAAGAUAAACAGGGCUAGGAGAUACUCGCGGUUUGCUGUUACCGACACUCAUAGAGAUGGUACUGGUCGUGGUGGAGGAGCAGGACGGCGAUCUAGGCAUAAUAUACGUACGCCGAAGAACUUCUGGUGAAACUGAACUGUGAAGUUGGUUAGAUCAUUUCUUUUUCUUCUUUUUGUCGAUUUAACAUUUGUGAAUUGUGACAUAGAAUUGAGAAUGCGGGAAGAAACAGGCAUGACUAUAACAUUAGGAUGUCAUACAAUUUUUUUGCCAUUAAUGGGAAAUGGAGA